UUAGUUUGUUGAGUUUACUUUCCGUGUGUUCUUCAAAUUGAAUAAAUAAAAUAUUACCAGUUAUCAAAAAUGAAUGUUUUGAAUUUAACUCUCUUAAUAACGACAAUUUAUUUGGCGUUCUUAAUAAAAGAUCUCAAUGCUCAGUAUAGUGCUGUUAUGAUUGACGAUACCGAUGGCUCCGCCAUGUCUGCCUCUGUGGGCGGAUCAUCUAUGGGUGCUUCAUAUAUGGGUACUUCAUCUAAGCGUGGAUCAUAUAAAGGUGGAAGUAAUGUUAUUAUCGGUAAAAAACCUAAGUCAUCUAUAUAUACAAGUGGUUCAAAAACCUAUAUGGACGAUGGAGAAGGCUCAGUUAUGAUGGUUAAUGAUAAUGGUGACAACUUUAUGAUGGAUAGGGCUUCUGGUUCAUAUAUGUCGUUUUCAGGUUGAAUCUCUAUAAAUGGAAAUUUAAAUAAACGCGAUCUUUAACAGAAUAAAAAUGUAAUCAAAUAAUAAAUAUGUAAAUGCAUUCAAUAUAUUUUUAUAAAAAUAAAUAUUUAUAAUUUA